CUGUUUUGCGUUUGAUUUGCAACGUUAAAAGAAAAUGAUGCCAGAUCAGUACGGCAAGAAAGUUGGAUCAGAUCGGAACUCUAAUAAGAAUAGCUGUCACGACAAAGAUAGCGAGACUAACGUCCAAGCUUUGCUUCACCACAGGUCAUUAAGCGAUGAUGAACAGAAAUUGAAUGUUUCUAAAGUGGUGACAAGUAAUGAAACCAAACGGGAAGUAGAUAGAGUAUUCACCUUUGACGAGGUUUUUGAAGGACAAUGUUAUCAUCGUCCUCCUCUCCUAAAUGGCACCAACUACCUCUAUUGGAAGAAUAGAAUGGCAAUUUGGAUCAAGUCGCAAGAUUUAAGAAUUUGGGAUGUCAUCGAAAAUGGAAACCAUGUUCCGAUAAAGACAACAUCAAAGGAAGUGGGAGAAGUUGAAACGUCAACCGAAGAACUUAAACCAAAAAGUGAAUGGACCGAUGACCACUAUAAAAAGGUCUCAUUCAAUUUCAAGGCAAUCAACUAUCUUCAUUGCGCCAUCACACAAAAUGACUACAUGAUGAUUUGUACGUGUGAAACGGCAAAGGAGAUAUGGGAUAAGUUGAGUAUAACACAUGAAGGAAUAGGUCAUGUAAAACAAUCAAAGAUUUCCCACCUUGUUCAUGAAUAUGAACUCUUCCGAAUGAAGGAAGAUGAAAAGAUCGAAGACAUGUUUGGGAGAUUUUCAAACAUUAUUGCGAGCCUCAACUUGCUAGGAAGAAAGAUACCAGAAAGAGAAGUUGUGAGAAAAAUUCUGAGGAGCCUAACGCCGCAAUGGAACUCCAAGGUGAUUGCCAUAAAAGAAGGGAUAAAUUAUGAUGGUCUCACCUAUGACCAAUUGAGAGGUAAUCUAAUUACACAUGAGAUUACUUUCCUUAAGAAGUCAUAAGGAGAAGAUAAAAGGAAAAAGAGUUUGGCGCUAAAUGCAUCAUCAAUCAAAGAAGACGAUGACGACGAAGAACAAGAAUUUGCUUUAUUGUUAAAGAUAUUUAACAAACUAGCUCAAAGAAAAAAACUGAAUUUCAAAGGAUGUGUCAAGGCAAAGGACUAAAAUGUUGUUAUGAGUGUGGUAAACUUUGACAUAUCAAGUCUAAUUGUUCAAGUUCUAAGCUUUCGAAAGGAGAAAAAUAAAAAGAAAUUCAAGAAGCAGUGCACCUACAUUUAGUGGGAAA